UUCUGUGCACACUUUGCUCCCAGGUUCAUCUCUUCCUAACGUUUUGCUUAGGUUGAAACUUGAACAGAAUCCGCCGCACGAAAAAUGAUCAAUAGCCCCACAUCUCAAUAUGUCUCAGGAAGAAACUAAUAUCUCCAAAUACAUGCGCGCAGAAGAACAAACCGGACGCACAGACGCGAGUGUGGAGAGCGCACAAGACCGUCCUACCCGCCUGUACAGGAGAAGAUGGCUGAUAGUUCUACUCUUCAGCGCGUAUUCUCUGUGCAAUGCUUAUCAGUGGAUCCAGUACGCAAUCAUCAACAACAUUUUCAUGCAGUUUUACAGCGUGAGCGCUUUCGCUAUAGAUUGGAUGUCCAUGGUGUACAUGCUCACCUACAUACCAUUUGUCUUCCCAGUAACCUGGCUUUUGGACAGGAAAGGGCUACGAGUUGUCGCGCUCGUAGCAGCCGGUGUUAACUGCGCGGGCGCGUGGAUUAAGGUUGCGAGCGCAAAGCCGCACCUGUUUUGGGUAGGUGCGCUCGGGCAGGUCACUUGCUCCAUAGCGCAAGUGUUCAUUCUCGGCAUGCCGUCACACAUCGCCGCUGUGUGGUUCGGCCCUGAGGAAGUGUCCACCGCCUGCUCCAUCGGCGUCUUCGGCAACCAGCUUGGCAUUGCCAUUGGGUUCCUGGUGCCACCUGUUCUUGUGCCCAAUGUAGAUGACAUGGAUGAACUGGCUUAUCAUAUCAGCAUUAUGUUUUACAUCACAGCAGGAGUGGCCACCGUCAUCUUCAUUCUAGUUGUUAUUGUUUUCCAGGAUAAGCCACCUAUUCCUCCAUCUCAAGCCCAAGUGGCGGUGCAAAACAUGCCUUCACAAGACUACUCUUACCUGGCCUCGAUUAGAAGGCUUCUCUGCAACAAACCCUUUGUUUUACUCAUCAUCACCUACGGAUUAAAUGUUGGGUGUUUUUAUGCUGUUUCCACUCUGCUGAACCGGAUGAUCAUUGACUACUACCCUGGAGAAGAGGUGAAUGCUGGACGAAUUGGUCUAACUCUUGUCAUUUCUGGUAUGGUGGGCUCUCUCAUCUGUGGCAUUUGGUUGGACAAAACAAAGAAGUACAAACAGACCACACUUGCCGUAUAUCUCAUGUCAUUUGUAGGAAUGAUGAUUUACUCCUUUACUCUUAACUUGGGCCAUCUCUGGGUAGUCUUCAUUACAGCAGCAGUACUAGGAUUCUUCAUGACCGGUUACCUGCCACUAGGCUUUGAGUUUGCAGUUGAGUUGACAUACCCAGAGUCAGAAGGCACAUCUUCAGGACUUCUCAACUGCUCAGCACAGGUGUUUGGAAUCCUAUUCACCAUUUGUCAAGGCAAGAUCAUUGACUUCUACAGCACAUUAGCUGGGAACAUAUUCCUCUGUGUUUUCCUCUUUCUAGGGAUCAUCAUUACAGCUUUUAUAAGGGCAGACCUGAGGCGACAAAAGGCUAACCUGCAAUCAGCGGCAGAAUCAGAAGCUAAACAGUCAAGUCAACAAGAAGACAUAAUAUCAUCAUUGAAACAGACCAAGAUGUAGAAAUUAAGUUCUCCUGCAUACAGAUCAACACAUUUAUAAACAGAGAGUGAGAUCUCCGUACUCGCAACAAAACAUGCAUAUGACCUGCAAGGAAAGGUUCAACCUUCUCUGAGGAGCUUAAUCAGAUUAAUCCGGGCUCUUCAUUUACAUAUAUGAACUUAUUUGAAAUAUAUUUGUUACAAAGUCAUAUCCAUAAAAUGAGCUGUCAAAGCACCAAAACUUGGUGUUAAUAAUGAACUGGUUAUCGUAGGUGGUUGAAAUUUAAUUUCAGUAUAUUUCACUUUAGAUUCAUUAACCAACAACAGAAACGUACAAUAUGAGCAUUAUUAGGAUUGUGUUUUCCUUUUAUUUUACCACUUCUGUGAGAACAUGGACCGUCUUUAUGGUGUUAUAUUAUAUUGGAUUUCAUGUAUACAUUGUACUGUAUAGAAUGUUCUAGCAUGAUGGAUCAUGCUUCCAAUGGUGAUGUCAAGUCUUAUUUGAUUGGCUAUUGGCUAUGAGUCAGAGUUUUCUCUCAAACAAUAAAAGUUUAAACUGUAUGUUUGAAAUGACGUUUUUAGUUUUAAUGGGUUGUUUAUUUGUAAAAUACACUUUGUACUUUGACUUGAACUAAAUGUAAAUGUCAUGUUGAAAUGCUUAAAUAGCUGAAAGGUGACACAGGAAAAGCUAAAACAAUUCUAAAUAUUUAGGCCACCACUCUGCUUAUGAACAAUAAUUUUGAUCCAAAUUAGUAUCAGAAUGAUUUUACAACAUGGAUUACAUUUUUUUCAACUGAAUGCUGGCUGUAAUAUGGUGCAUGAGGCACCAGUGUAAAACUGUAUUAGGCAUUAUUACCUGCAUUAAAAACAUGUAUAUGUGAAGACUGUAUUGUAAGACCUUACUAUGUGAGUGUCAAUAAGUUUGUGUUAAAAACAUUUAUAUAUUAAAACUGUACAUGAAAUGCC